ACUCCUUAUCUAUCCAUCAAAAGCCUCUCUUUCAGUGCUUCUUGUUCAUCAUUACAAGCGAUGCUAAUGGUGGUCAACUGUUCCAACUGCCACGCGCCGCUGCAGCUUCCGCCGGCUGCGAAGUCCAUACGCUGCGUCCUCUGCCAAGCUAGCACCCUCAUAGCAGACCCUCGCUCCCUACCCAUUCCCUCUUCCUCUUCUGCUCACCCACACCCUCCUCUUUCACCUUACAACCACGCGCCACCCGGACCCCCACCGCAGGUUCGUGGCCGCAAACGCGCAGUUAUUUGCGGUGUGUCUUAUAAGAACACCCAGUAUGAACUUAAUGGUUGUAUUAACGACGCCAACUGCAUGAAGUUCUUGUUGGUUCAUCGCUUCAAUUUUCCCGAGUCCUCCGUUAUUACCCUUACAGAAGAAGAAACUGAUCCCUACAAGCGGCCAACGAAACGCAACAUAAGAAUGGCGUUGCGCUGGCUUGUCCAAGGUUGUCAGCCUGGAGAUUCCUUAGUGUUCCAUUACUCUGGUCAUGGCUCACAGCAAAAGGAUGACAAUGGAGAUGAAGUGGACGGAUACGACGAAACCAUUUGUCCCACCGAUUUCGAAUCUCAGGGAAUGAUCGUCGACGAUGAAAUCAACGCGACGAUCGUUAGGCCUCUACCGCACGGGGUUAAGCUCCACGCCAUCAUCGACGCCUGCCAUAGCGGCACCGUGUUAGAUUUACCAUUCCUCUGUAAAAUGGACAGGAAGGGGAAAUAUGUCUGGGAGGAUCAUCGACCUCGGACCGGAACGUGGAAAGGGACAAAUGGUGGGGAAGUCAUUUCCUUCAGUGGCUGUGCCGACGAUCAAAUCUCUGCGGACACUUCGGCCUUAUCAAAGAUUACUUCCACUGGUGCAAUGACUUACUCCUUCAUCGAAGCCAUCGAACGCGGGCAUGCAACCACAUACGGUAACAUGUUGAACGCAAUGCGUUCUAACAUCCGUAACGCAGAUGACGGCGGCUUCGUUACAUCUCUUCUUACGAUGCUCUUAGCUGGAGGGAGUCUCGGUGGCAGAUUGAGACAGGAACCGCAGUUGACAGCCAGUGAAGCAUAUGAUGUGUAUAAAAAACCUUUCGCCAUGUAGCUUGAUUCAUUUGAGGAAGCUCCUGUGCUUUGUACACUCCCAUUUUUCUUUUGAAAGAAACGUCACGGCUGCCAUGUAAGGCCAAUGGGCUGCCAUUAUUAACAGAGAUAAGAGGCAUAAUUUGUAGGCACAACAAGGCAAGCAUAAGGUUGUAGGACACAUUCCAUUGUGGGUCUCAGAUCGGCAAAAUUAAUAAUAUAUGGAAUUUCCAGGAAUAAAU